CGAAAUCGGAUGAACCCAACGAACCGACUCACUUCCGAUCAAUCCACGUGGGCGACGCAGAGCUUGCCUCACCGCACCGCCGUUCCAUUCCCCACCGCAUCCCCUCCACACGCCCCUUCUGUUCUCCCACCUCCAUUCUCAGCUCCACCUCAUCUCUCUCUCCAUGGCCGCCUCUUCUUCUUCCCUUCUCCUCCCGCCGGCGAUCACCGCCCCCCAAAUCCGAAACCCUAAUAAUGGGAAAAACAGAACGAAUUACUCGCUUCUCGAUCCGGGGCUAGGAUUAGGGUUCCUCCCCAACCGAACGGUAAUUCACCCCAAGAAGUCCUCCCUCCGGGUCCGAGCUGUCCAGACCGACCGCCAGCCCAGCCGCCCCCCCGGCGGCGGCGGCCGCGUGGACGACGACCCGAUCCAGCGGUUCCUGAAGCGGGACUACAAGUGGGGCUUCGUCUCCGACAUCGAGUCCUUCUCCAUCCCCAAGGGCCUCUCUGAGGAUACCAUCCGCUCCAUCUCCGCCCUCAAGGACGAGCCCGAGUGGAUGCUCCGCUUCCGCCUCGACGCCCUCCGCCGCUUCCUCUCCCUCUGUGAGCCCCGCUGGUCCGACAACCGCUACAAACCCAUCGACUUCCAGUCCAUAUGCUACUACUCGGAGCCCAAGCGCAAGCCCAAGCUCCACUCCCUCGACGAGGUCGAUCCCGAGCUCCUCGCCACCUUCGACCGCCUCGGUAUCCCCCUCAACGAGCAGAAACGUCUCACCAACGUCGCCGUCGACGCCGUCCUGGACUCGACCUCCAUCGCCACCACCCACCGCGAGGCCCUCGCGGAGAAAGGCGUCAUCUUUUGCUCAAUCUCCGAGGCCAUCCGCGAGUACCCCGACCUCGUCCGCCGCUACCUCGGGCGGGUCGUCCCCCCGGGGGACAACUUCUAUGCCGCCCUCAAUUCGGCCGUCUUCAGCGACGGCUCCUUCUGCUACAUCCCCAAGGACACCGUAUCCCCCAUGGAGAUCUCCACCUACUUCCGGAUCAAUGACCGGGACACGGGCCAGUUCGAGAGGACGCUUAUAAUUGCCGACGAGCGGAGCUAUGUCAGCUACCUGGAGGGCUGCACGGCUCCGUCCUAUGACAGGAACCAGCUCCACGCCGCGGUGGUGGAGCUGUACUGCGCCGAGGGGGCCGAGAUUAAGUACUCCACGGUGCAGAACUGGUAUGCAGGGGAUGAGGAAGGGAAUGGUGGCAUCUACAAUUUCGUGACGAAGAGGGGCCUCUGCGACGGCAAUAGAUCAAAGAUUUCGUGGACCCAGGUGGAAACGGGGUCUGCGAUAACAUGGAAGUACCCCAGUGUGGUUCUGAAAGGGGAUGAUACGGUGGGUGAGUUCUACUCAGUGGCGCUGACAAAGGAUUAUCAGCAGGCCGACACUGGAACGAAGAUGAUUCAUGUGGGGAAGAAUUCGAGGAGUAGGAUCAUUUCCAAGGGUAUCUCAGCAGGCAAGUCAAGGAAUUGCUACCGUGGUCUUGUUCAGGUCCAGCCCCAGGCAGAAAAUGCUCGGAAUUUCUCGCAGUGUGAUUCUAUGCUUAUUGGUGACACAGCCGGUGCUAACACAUAUCCUUAUAUACAGGUAAAGAACCCUACUGCCCGUGUAGAGCAUGAGGCAAGCACUUCCAAGAUUGGUGAAGAUCAGCUGUUCUAUUUUCAGCAGAGGGGAAUUGAUCAUGAAAAGGCUGUUGCAGCCAUGAUUGGUGGGUUCUGCAGGGAUGUUUUUGAUAAGCUUCCUCUAGAGUUUGCAUCAGAGGUGAAUGCACUCAUGAAUCUAAAGCUGGAGGGUUCUGUUGGAUAAUUGUGGAUUGUUGCUGCAGAUGGACCAGUGAGCUUUUGUUUGUGAGCUGCCUAAAGGUCAACAUUUGUAUAGCAUUAAAGGGUGAAUAAGUAUUGGUAAAUGGGCAUGCAAUAUUACAGAUCCUGUACCAGCAUUACUAGGAAUUGAUAUUACAGGUCUUCAUUUUCCUUUAUUCUUCUUCUUUUUUUUCUUUUUUUUUUUUGUGAGAGAGGAAUCAGCUGCUUGGUAGGUGAAUUAAAGGUAUUAAAUUGUGAUACCUUAUGUAUUCUGAGUUACAUGUACUAUUACCAAAAAGUUUAGCACCUUGAUUAACCAGUCCUAUCGUGUCUUUUUACUUUUGGUAAAUGAGCUCCGUGUCCCACCAAUAUUCUUUCAGAUUCCAUGUGUUUGUUGACUGAAGCCAAAUUAUAUGCUGGUUUUGCCAGCACAGAGCAGAGUUGUAACUUCCAUCUCCCAAACUUCAUUCCGUUGUCUUUGAAUAAUUAGCAGCAAAUAUAUAGAUUUAUAUGGAUUUAUGAAUAAAAUGGAAAUGUAAAUUUUUUUCUCUA